AGAGUAUGAGACAAAGAGGAAGGACACAUUAUGACUGAUCUGCGGUGGAUCUCAGAGCUCCUGUAACUGAUCAGACAAUGAAGGCCUGCCCGGCCUGGAUUCUUAUUUUCUUUCAGCUGUUUGAAGCCAACGCAGAGGUGAUCUUAAAACGUCUGACGGAGGGUCAGGCUGUGGUGAUCUCCUGCUCCCCUUGGCAGGCCCACGGAGGCCUGACGGGCCUCCACCUGUACCACCGCGGCGUCCAGAGCCAGACCACCCUGGUGUCCGUGACAGAGGCCGGUGAGGUCACGGUCGCCCUGGAUCACAGAGCUCGCCUGCAGCUCCGUGGAGGCCUGAGCUCCCUGAAGGUCAACGUGACCAUUUCUCGCUUAGAGCUGAGCGACACAGGGCUGUACAUGUGGGAGCUGAGCUACAGAGACACUAACAGCUCUGAUCAGAUGAUCCUCUGCACUCAGAAGAGCUUCGUGCUAGUUGAGGCGUCAGGGAGGCCGUGCCACUGCUCUCCUGGUUACGCCCCUCUACUCUGGACCAUCUUCACAGCAGCAGGGCUUCUUCUGCUGACCCUCACCUGGCUGGCCAUCCAGAAAUGUGUGUGUUCGAGGUCUCAUCGCAAACCGCAACCUCAUGCUCCAAUCUAUGAGGAAAUGGGCAGGAAGCAGCAGCAGCAGCAGAGCCCCAGAGGCCCCCAGAAUAACCACGAGGUCCCCUUGCACCUGGAGGAAGUCAACUUCCCCGUGUACGCUAACCCAAACAUCCGACAGCUUCAGGACAACUACUACGCCUGUCCCAGACAGCUCAAACUGAGAGACUGACACCAUCGGGCCAACGGUGCUGCGAGCAGUCACAGGAAGUAACACAGAGGCAUUUGCAGAAAUACAAGCGCUGCGCUCUGAUGGUGAUUUGCAUCCAGGAUAAAAAAAGAUGAAGAAAAAACAACCCGAGAGCACGAACCUCCACUGAGGCGACUCACUCUCUGAGCAGUAUUCACUUUUAAAAUUGUAUUUUGUACACAUGCAUUUUGUAUUCACAGCUUCUCCUACAAAUGAAGACCUCCCCCAUGACCAGUCACACUACACCAGUGUAAUUAAGUAAUAUAUAAACAAUUACAUGACUGAAAGUAACAGUUUUUUCACAAUCUACUCUUCCACUUCCAGUAUUUCUUCAUUAUGGAGAAAAACUCAGAUGUUCUGCUGAAAGUGCACUUUUUCUUACAUCUGAGAGAUUCAGUGUGUGGUUAAACUUCUUCACACUGACAGAAAUGAGUUUAAGAUUUACACGAUACCUUCUGUAUGCUGACAAAACACCACAAUUCUAAGAAUCAUACUGAGUUAGAAGGCUUUUGGUCAAUUUUCGAUCAAUAAAUCAUUGAGUCGACCUUUAAGACCUCGAUGGACUGUUAACCCGACCCCGCUCUACACCCUUACAGAGUUUCAUGAGAGUUAAUUCAAAAUUCUUCGAGCUAUCGUGUUUCCAGACAGAACGACACACACAAUAAAUGAGGAGGAGGGGACGGCUUUAACAGCCAAGAAACAAAAAAAUGCUAUUUUUAUUAAUAUUUGAAAGAAGCUCCAUAGUUCAUGAAAACAUUUGUUUCGGUGCAUGUCAUUUAACAAUCACAUUCUAUGAGGAGAAAGAGAUAUACAGAGAGAAAAACAAAAUAAAAACAAAACAUUACAAGCCACUGACUUCUCAUUAACUCUCAGUACAGACAUUUUUACUUAAUAUUUCAAACAAAAGAAGAAAAAAAAAGCAGCCCUAAUCCCAUAACUUUCCCACCCGCCCUCUGUAAAACCUUAACUGAGGAGAAAAACAAACAAAAACAACAACAACAACAAAAAAAACCCUUGGAGGGCGACAGGCUAGAAUCCCACAGUGCUAAAGAGUGAGACGCUCAUUGGUUUUUAGGAAUACACAGCAUGGUGAUGUAGCGCUAGGCCAAUCUGAAUCAGAGGGUGGGUGGAGGAAGCUGGAGAUGGAGGUCUCCAACCCCUCUGCCCUCUUUAUCAAAGAAACAAAACAAACAAAAAAACAACCUAAAACAAAUAAAAACACAUUGGAUCCCCAAAACCCCUGCAAUAGAUCAGCCACUUACAGCAAAUAGGCCAUAAAAUCCCCACCUUCACCCCUCCCACCCCCACCCCAAACACUUGUGCAUAGUUUCAUGAUCCUUUUACAACCAGCUCACGUUUUACAAACAUCCUCCAAGCUGUGAAAAAUGCUCCACAAAAAAAGAAAGAAAACAAAAUUCAUCUAUUAUUAAUAUUAAUAAUAAUAAUACCCGCUGUGGGAAAAUGAGAACGAGAGAGAGAGAGAGACAGAGAGAGAGAGAGAUAGAGAGAAAGAUUAAUGCACAAUGUUUCCUGAAUCAGUCAGGACGGGACCUCAUUAAGAAAACACAAUAAAGAUUCAAACAUACAGCAUUUUGCAUGUUAUUCACCAUCUUUUUUUUCUUUUACAAACUCAGACCAUUUUUGUUUUUUUCCAUGUAAAGCAAUUUUAAUAUAUAGAUUUAUAUAUAAAGCACUCCAUUUUUAUUUUAAAGUCCAUUAUUUGGUUAUUAUGUAACUGCUACGGAUUUAGAAACAAAAGGUAUUCUCUCUUCUUCUGAAAUCCAUAACUUUCAGUGCUUAGAAUUGUUUCUUUUAAGUCAUCCUUUGUUUUUUUUUUUUGUUUUUGUUUGUUUUUUUCUUUAAACUCAUAAAAAUGUACAUUAAAAUGGCGUGGAGUUGGUACUCUGGAACCCUGGCCUUCCUGAGACAAGAUCCACUUUUUCGUGUGUGUGCAAGAUAGUGAGCAAUUAUGUCUUUUUUUUGUCUUCUUUUCUGUUUUUUUAUAUAAAGGAAAAAAUAUAUAUAAUCAACAUAAAACAAACAGGCUUCAGAUAGUCCAUGAACAACAUUAACACAGAAUAAAGAAGGUUAAACAGAACAAGACAACACUGUUCAAUCCCAGAGUUCUGAAAGUAGCACGAUAAAAUCUUCAUUCUGUGAAGUGUUGCACUUUUUCUUAAAAAUGGAAGCAUUUGUCCUUUUUUUAAUCUUUUUUUUUUUUUUUUUUUUUAAGUUUCCCCACAUGGUUUAAUUCCUUUGUUUUGCUGAUUUGUUUAUGAACUCCAGAAUAAAAACUGUAAACUGUCAGUGGCCUUGCAGAAGAACAGAUGAGUGAACUAAGAGAAAACCGAACGAAAGCUAACAAACCCAAAAAAUAAAAUAAAAAUAAAAAGGUAGGCACCUCUGAAUGAGCCCUAGAAGCCAAGGCUCGGUCUGAUGUCGUGUCCUUCACCCUCCGUUGCUCAGAUUUGGGAGAGCUGAAGUCCUUCUACCCCAAUCUAUGGCCACAGGUAUGCAAAAUACUUUUUUUGCUGCAUUUUUUUUUUAUACAUAUGAUUUUUUUUUUGAUUUUUUUAAGUUUAUAGUCUGAAAAAUGGUGCAAUACUCAAUUAUGAUCCAUACUUUCUUGGAUUAUUCCACAAUGAAAGCCACUAAGGUAGAUAAACAUUACAUUUUCUUUUUAAAAACACACUUAUUUUUAGUCCUUGAGUAAACAUUUACACAUGAACUGUCCCCCCAGAUACCUCUUCCCCCCCUCCCCUCAGUACUUGUAUCAUGUUGUUCAUAUAGCUGGAUGAGGGGUGAGGCUGACACUCAGUGCAACGCUAGAGGCUAGUAACAAUUAACAUCAGAAUAUAGUAUUUGACAAGCAAAAGGAAAACAAACAACAACAACAAAAAUGAUACUGAACUGAAGAGAAACGUGAGGCAGAGAUCCCUCCGCUGUAAUCACGAGCUCUCACGCAUCGUCUCACCUCGCAGACAUUCAUUCACAACGUACAGUACAAGCGGCCUUGUGCAAACACUCAAAUACGACUGAUGUAAAUUUGCCUUUUUUUAAAAUUUUGUUUUUAAAAACCGAUCUUUGUUUUUUUUUCACUCUGAACUGACGCUUUAAAAAAAAAAACAAACAAAAAAACUCCAAAGUGAAUGAAUGAGACAAAAAAAGAAAAACACUACAAAAAAAAGUGUUCACAUUACAUUAUUGGCGCUUCUUUUGAUUCAAGUAUUUGUUUUCAUUAUUUUGUAUUACUCUGAUAUGUUUAUGAUCUUGUCUUCUGGGAAAUAUUGAUGUUGGAUACAGAGGGUAAGGAGCUGACGCCAGGGCAGAGGGCGGGGAGGUAAGGGUAAGGGUGGGGGGGUUAGGCUUAAGUGGAAAACAGAAAUCUAGCCAUACACACACAUACACCCACAAAUGUACGCUUGGUUGUAUCCUGUGUAUGAGCUAGCAUGUGCAUAUUCAACCCAGACCUUUGUUUUUAGAGAUUUGCUAAUUCAGCUCUUUUUGCCCCCAGACCCUCGACUGAUCCACGACUGAGAAGUAGAUUUUACUCGAGCUCCAGUUGCCUUUGAGUCCACGUGACUUCAAAUAACAAUAAUAAAUCGUAAAAAAUAAGAAGGGGGAGGGGAGGAUGUGAUUUCCAACACUAGACAGGUAGAUAAGAGUGCAGACGAAGGCGUGGGAGAGGGUGGGGCUUCUCAGUGCUGGUGAAAUCCCAGGGCACGUCUGAGACUCGGUCCUGGUCACCCGUCCCUCCCACUCGGUUCAACUUCCCCCUCCUCCCGUUGAUUCAAGUCCAGUGUGGAGCAAAAUGCAGGUUUUUCAGGACCAAUCGCACAAAAACAGACAGCACAGGCAAUAGUGAUUGUUUCGUUGAAUGAUGCGAGUCUAAAGUGACUCUGGAAGAGGGUCAAAAACCACCCCGCAAAGAGUUUUAAGACUUGGUACCGAACUUGAGGUGCGUCUCUUGUUUCUGCUGAUACGUCGGGUCCCCGCUUGGACCCCCAAAGUCAGAUGUGCAGACAUGACCUGUUUUCUAUAUAUUCAUAUAUAUGCGUGUAUACUGGCUGGCACAACCUUCAGGUUUGGAGGUCCAGAGUGAACCUCCAGGAUACAGCUUCUCCCAGGCGUGGCUCGGAGAAACGAGGCCAGAGAGGGUGAGAAGGCGGCCGCUUGCAGAGAAACAGAAAUCAGGCGUCUCGGCCUCAGAGUGCACAGCUGAAAAAGACCGGGGUUUUUUUUGUAGUUUCUAGUUUUUGCAAAAACCUUAAUGAUAAAGGAAAAAAGAGAAAGAUAAUGUUUUUGGUUUUUAAAGAGAUGUACCCGAUGUGACCCAUAAACAGUGCACAGACACAUACAGGGACACUCCCUCCUCCUCUUCCUCCUCCUACUGGUGAAUGACCAGCCCCACUCAUCUGGCCUUAAGCCUCCCACAGCUCUGCAGCGAUAACAUACACUCAUCGUUGCUAAGGAUAAAUCAGGAUGUGGCCAAAAGUGGAAGUAGACUUUCAGAAAUCUGUUGGCACAAAAACUCAACUUGGUGCCUCCAGCAGGUCAUUUAGUGUCAUCUAACAGCUCUGUCCACUACACGCCCCCUCCCCCACCCUUUAUUUUUUUCCUAUACUGAAGAGAGGCUCCAUCAGUGUCCCCUACAUUUUAAUCCAGGUGAGGUUUCGAGAGAAGCUGCCCGGUAAUAAAGGUCGAGAGGGUUAAGUGGAAAAUUGGCGGAUGUAGGGGAUGGCUGUGAGCGAACACCUCCUUGUCUUUGCAUAGAAAUGGAAGGCUGUCAUCAAGUUGAGGUGGUUCUAAGUGAUAACUGGGUGCUCCCAGAGUUAAAGCACCAGCGUGAGCGAGGCCCAUCGACACUAAAAACGAUGGGUGUGUUACGACACAGCGCAGUGGACGCUCGGUCACCCCAGGAUGGACAGAAGAAGUUGGCUUGUCAUCCUGGAGAACCUUAAACUACACCUCCCUCCCCCCUCCUUUUCAUCCUGAUUUGACUCCUCAAUCCUGAAUCCCCUCCCUCUCUCCCUCAGUGAUUCACGCGGCUGAGGCCUACCUCUAAACUACACGCUGGUUCUGCCUUGGAGGCAGCGGCGGUGAGAGGGACAGGAAAGAAGAUGAACACUGCAUAAAAGCCAUGAAAUCGUCAAAACAUAACAAUCGUUCAUGAUAACAGCAACAAUAUCACCAAACUUCUCACAACAAAACAAAAUUAAAAUGCACACCAGCAACUCCAAUAAAAAAAAAGAAGAAAAAAAAAGGGGAAAAUACAAUAAAAUAAAAUAUCAGUCGACUCCGUCUCCGGAUAAAGUGAUCCUUGCAGGAGCGAGACGGGAAGAGAGAGUGGAAGUGGAGGUUGCUGAGGACAGACUCUGGUGUAGCAGUAGUAGUAGAGUAGUAGUAAAGUAGUAGAUUCAAUACAAGGUGGUGGGCCAGUUCUGAAGGAGCUGCUCUUGGGAGGAGAAGGAGAAGGAAGAAGAGGGGAGUCAGUCUGUAGGGGUCCGCAGGGAGGCAGCGAGCGAGCGAGAGAGAUGGAGGGAGGGGGCGAGGGCUGCUGCAGCACUGCACUCUGCAGCAGGCAGGCACUCAGUGGCCACACUAUCACACAGGUUGGCAGGACCUCCAACAACAAAAACAACACAAAAAAAA